GGCAUCGUGUUCGGAAUGCGGAAAUGUGGUUCGAAUGCAAGUAAGUGCUAUGACGAAGUUUGUACGGCGGGCUGUUUGUGCACCAGAGCUGCGGUAGCGCGUUUAUCACAAUGCGCUAUUUGACAGCGCAUGGACCACCCCAGAGAGAGACUGAGCGUGCGUGAGAGGAGUUGCUUUGAGCGCAUUGAGCAUAUGAACGCGUUUGCGCCAUUGCCUAAUUGUCUUUCUCUGCUCCCUAAACCCUACCUACCACCCCACCCGCCUCGACAGCCAAAAUGAUAACCCGUUUCCUCACCGAAGUCCGCAUAACCUUCAACCCCUUCAACGCACGCUCAAAACCCGCACGGCUCUUCCUCUCACUUAUACCCCCAAAUGCGCGAGCAGAGGGCGUGAAGAUUGAGUCCAAAAUGUUGCCCCGCACAAGCACAGAGCCUGCAAGCCUGGGCGUCAAAUUCAAGGACGGCAAAGAGAUGAGCCUCGAUCUGAGCAAGAUGAGAAUAACUCAAGUAGUCGAGGAAGUUGACCGGCAUUCACGGCAGCUUGCGAGGAAAGAGGAGUUGACCGGCAACUGA